ACAGACACAAGUCAGAGACAGACACAGAGACUUUGACUGUAACGCAAAGGCUUUUACACACAGGUUCUGACCACAGAUCAGACCCAGAGAGACUGGGCUCUCUUCCUGCUCCCGGCUCAGAGUAUUUACUUUACAGUAACCCGAGCCCGAUUCCUUCCCAUCAAGAUGCAUUAGAGACUGGCAAUGAUUUGUCUUGUUCUUCUACUACAGAGAUGAACCCUGGAAACAUAUCCUUGUGUUUAGAGACACAGACUGAUCUGUCUAGAGGGGACUGGAACCGGUACAGUAGUAGUGUAUACUCUGAAGGGAGCCUAGAUAAGAAAGGGGAGGGUCUCGUCGUAGAUGAAGUGACUGUGAAAGUGGAGGGUGACACUCCUCCCACAUGGAAUGCAGAUAGUCACCUAGGAUACGGACUCUCACAGGGCAGUGAUUUCUUAGAUUACAGGGAAAGCUUAGCGACUAAUCCAAAUGUCACAAACCACUCCCCUUUACACACACUUGGAGAUUACCAGCCAGUGUCCACUUCGAUGGGGCCUUCCAAUUCACACGGCCGCAUCCUUUUCGAUCAGGUUUUGAACUCAAACGACAGGGCUGGAGCCCAGGCUCAGGGAGGGGCAGCCACAUCAGGCAAUAGUAAAGAGAAACGGUUCCUCUGCAUGUUCUGUAACAAAGGCUUCAGCUGCCCCCAGAAAGUGGAGAUCCACCAGAGGGUCCACACAGGGGAGAAACCCUUCAGCUGUACCCAGUGUCACAUAUGCUUCGCCCAGGGUGGUGACCUGAAGAGGCAUCAUAGAGUCCACACAGGGGAGAAACCCUUCAGCUGCCCCCAGUGUGAGAAGAGGUUCUCCCGCCAGCACCAUCUGAAGAUGCACCUGAAGGUCCACACGGGAGAGAGGCCGUUUGCCUGUGUGCACUGCGAGAAGAGGUACUCGGAGAAGAGCUACCUCAGGAUACACCAGCAGAAAAACCAUUCCACUCUACAACAUAGACCGUAACCAUUCCACUUGAUAGCGUCUGCCGUUUAGAUCAAACCCUACUUUAACCCCUUACACUUGUGAGAAUUGGCCUAUAUGGAUAGGGCUAAAUCGAAAUGUUUCUUAUAGAAGAAUUAGGGAUUGCAUAACCAUGGUAGCAAUCAAAAGGGAACAGUUUGGAGAUUAUGGGAAAAUUAUUAGACUAAGGGUGGGGACACAACAGUUCUCCUGAUACAAAACUGAAUCCAAACAUUACAUGGUUGAUUUAAUGCACAUUUUACAUUUACUGUACUUUGCCGCAUUUGUUAAAAAUAAAAUCAGAACAUACUUUGGAUACUUUCAGUUACAAAAUAAGAAUAUUCCAGGAAAAUGUGGGGUUGGUGCAACAUAAGACAAAAAAAUGACCAGGGUUUGAGUGAGAGGACUAACUGGUGUUUCCAAGCAGCAACACACCUCUCCAAAAUGUACACAGUUAUGAAGUAAUUUCAAUGCACUUUUAUGACUUAAGGAAGUGUUAAGGAAUUGUCUUCAACUUUAAGGUGAUUUGUUUUGCUCUCCUAGCUGUGCCGUUGAGGAACUAGAUCAAUCACACUUGUUUUUUUAUUUCUUUUUUAUUUCUGUUAUUUCACCAGGUAAAUUGACUGAGAACACCCGGGGAUUAGUUACAGGGGAGAAUGAGACAAUUGUAAACUGGGGAUUAUUAGGUGACCGUGAUGGUUUGAAGGCCAGAUUGGGAAUUUAGCCAGGACACCGGGGUUAAUACCCCUGCUCUUACAAUAAGUGCCAUGUGAUCUUUAAUGACCUCACAGAGUCAGGACACCCGUUUAACAUCCCAUCCGAAAGACAGCACCCUUCACAGGGCAGUGUCCCCAAUCACUGCCCUGGGGCAUUGGGAUAUUUUUUAGACCAGAGUAAAGAGUGUCUCCUACUGGCCCUCCAACACCACUUCCAGCAGCAUCUGGUCUCCCAUCCAGGGACUGACCAGGACCUGUAGUGGUUUUGUUUGGAACACAGCCCUGCAUCCCCUCCUUUACACAAUUACUGUUGUUUACACAAUCCAAAAACGGUCCAUUAUAAAUCACAAUCUGGGCCAGGUGUUCAUAAUUUGAAACCUUGCUCUAUUGCCAACAUCAAUUAUAAAAGCUAAAUUAUAAAAUACGAUCUUAGUGUUAGGUUUCACAAGGCAAUUCAGAGAAGCAGAUCAUACUUUUGCUACGCAUUAGAAUGGAGUCAUAAGUAAAUUCAAAUGCGUGGUCCGCGGCCCCCCCAAAAAUCACAAUACAACAAACGGGCUCAUUCUGUUCAAGACAACUCGGGGUAUAACCCCAUGUCAUCUUGUAUCUAGGGCUGUUGCAGUGACCAUAUUACCGCCACACAAGCAGUCAUGAGUCAUGACCGCAGUAAAAUGCCACUUUCCAUGGUAAUCUCCUUUUAUGCACUGGACAUGCUUUGGUAGUACCCAACUUGCUAAUGACCAUCAGGUCCUAAUGACCUGGUACGCGGGGCUCUAUUGUCCCUCAAUCACUCUGACAGCAAUGCAAAUGCAAUGGAAAAUCACGUCAAACACUGAUCAUCAAAACAGAGCGCCUGUAGUACGUUUAAAGCUCACCACACUGUGAUAAUCAAAUUGCAGGUUGAAGCAGUGUGAAACAUGGUUGUUGUGGAUGUUGUUUUAAAUCCUAACAUAACGGAAUGGACAGCACUUCCUACGGUGAUGAUCAAACCCCCCCCCCCCCCACACACACACACACUUUCUCAAAUGAUCGAUAUCCUAUAGUCACACCAUGCAGCCCAUAUAUGUUUUGCUUUCUAAGGUAUUUGUUGCCAAAUAACUCAAACUAGCAUAUAGGACCUGUUUCAAAUGCUAACUUUUACGCUCAACAUAGCCACUUCAUCUGCGCGGUCGCUCAGUAAUGGGAAAAAUAUCCUCUCUUUUUAUUCAGCUGAGUUCAAUUAUAUUAUUCUUACUAUGAAAUAAAAUAAUGUCACGGGGACUUAAGCAUAUAUUGUCAGCUAAAUGAAUAAGAAUACAGCCUAUGUCAUGGAGCAUAGCCAGAUAGCAUAGGCCAACUCAUACUGUGUUCUUCUGAAAUAAAUGUUAUUCAUAUCAUAAUGUUUAUUUAGACCUGGUUAAAAUAAAUAGAUUUAUUGUGAGGUUGUAUAUUCAAUUGAUUUAUUAUACUUAAAAAAAAUGUUUUAUGUAGAUGUUCCGAGGUCUGAGGCCUGGAGAUGCUCAACGCGUUUAUGUUCAUUAACGGUCAGUUACGGUGAGACCUACAGUCUUUUGCAUGACAAUAACCGGCUGCCAACAUUUCAUGACCACAGCCCUCUUAAUUUUCAGCAUUUCCCUCAAUUUACAUUCCCCUCACUCAGACAAUAAAAACAUGAGCAAAAGUUGCUCAAUUAGCAGGAGGGUCAGAGGCAUCUGCUUGUCAUGUGGUGCUCAAGUUCAGAACGUCUGUCAGUCAAAACCCAUCCAGCUCUGAGACCCUGAGCUCUGACGUCAUGUAUAGCAUGUUACUGUACAGCCACUUUGUUCCAAUUUAAGUGCUUAUCAGUGUCAAAAUCUGCCAUUUUCAACCCGGGCAGGAGUGUAAAGGGUUAAAUAAAAACAAUACUUUUCAUUGUCAACAGAAAAGAUCCACGGAUGCAUUUGGAAUAAGGAGAGUAACAUAUUUCAUUGUAGAAUAUUGCCUCCGGACAUUGUGAUAUACACUGAGUAUACCAAACCGUACGAACACCUUCCCACAGUUGUGUCGUGGACCAUUCCUGAUGUACACGGGAAACUGUUGAGCACCUACUACCAUACCCGGUUCAAAGGCACUUAAAACUAUUGUCUUGCCCAUUCACCCUCUGAAUGGCAGACAUACACAAUCCAUGUCUCAAGACUUCUUUAACUUGCCUCCUCUCCUUCAUCUACACUGGAUAAAGUGGAUUUAUCAAGUGACAAAAUUAAAGGAUCAUAGCUUUCACCUGGAUUAAUUUGGUCAGUCUGUCAUUGAAAGAGUUCUUAAUGUUUUGUACACUCAGUCUGUUACAUAUUGUGGUUGUACUGUGUAGGAUAUAUGAUGUUCAUUACUUCCAUUGACCUACUUCAUUUUUCCCCAAGACAUUUUUAAUGAUAUUUAAUGUAGUUUAUCAAGUUAAUGCUGAUUUUUGUUGUUGUUGUGUGUGUGUGGUUGUCAAAUGGUGUAUUUAAAACUUGUUUAUGUUUAAUAAACACAAAAUGGACUUUUCA